UAUUAUCAAAACAAGGUUGCUUAAACACGUGAGUUGCUUGGGCUUUUGAAUGAACGCAGACCUUGGUUGAAACAGGAUAGACCACUCAGGCCCGAUUCGUUUAAUCCUCCCCUCGAGGUUUAACUGACGAAUUCAACAGUAAACCUUGGAUCCGAGUGGUCUAUCCUAUACAUACAGUAUACUCCCCCUAAAAAACACACACGUUUGAAACUGCAUGUUCAUGACAUGGAAGCGCUCUUGACCCCCGCUCAGCGUGUUGAGGUGACUCCUCAAGCGAAGCAGCUUGGAUCCUACACUGCUAAAACCAAACGCCGGUCUGGCAGAAAAAGAGCCCUCUCCGAAACAGCUAUUGAAGUAGAGAAAGAUUUCGGCGUCAUCGCAGUGACAACCUCUGAUCCGCCGCCGAUUCUCGAGGACAACUCGACAACGCCACAGACAGUGUCUACACACAAGAGGAAGAAGUAUCGUCGCCACAGCCAUGCUGGGAAGAUGGAGACACUGGCGUUGACGGAGGAACAAAAGAGUCCUGCCAAAACCACCCUACACCAGAGCCCCUCCUCCACACACAAACCAGAGCGCACAGUUGGGUCAGGCAGGGUUUACGGGAAGCACACCGAAGACAAGAUAGUAGUGUAUGUUUGGGAGCGGAGGGAUCUGGAGCUCCCCCUCUCAGGGAAUCAGCUCCAGGAAUACGCCAGGCAGGUCGUGGGCGGCAACUUCAAGGCUUCUAAGUCAUGGCUGAGGAGAUUUCUCGCCCGGAAUGAGCUGACCCUCCCUGGAUCACUAGAAGAUAGCGAGUGACUUUAACACCGCGAACAGUACUUUAAAGCACACGUGGAAAACCCGAGGUAUCACAGGUCGAAGACAGUUUGAUGAAACUCGUGAGCACGGGUAUGCAUUCGUGACCAACUAGUGUUAUUCCGGGACAAGCCGAGUCUUCUUGCAGGUUACGGAAAGGGGCGAGUGGUGACGAAUGCACCUGUAUGGUGCUGCUUGGCCAUGGGUCCUGAACAUGGCGGAUCUAAUUCGAACUCGCGAGAAGCGGAAUCCGGCAUGGGUACAUUUACGAGAAUAUUGAAUGUGGGUUCAAGUUAUCCUCAACCCAGCCUCCCCUUAAACUCAUGUUGUUCGGCGAUGGUUUAAUUUGUGUUGUGUUGACGACCAGUGUGAUGCUCUGUCUUGUAAUAUGAAUACUAU